AUGGCCUCAGCAAUGGCGGGCUCCCACGCGGAGGCAGAGGCGGCGUUGUUGCUGCUGUGCGAGGCGGGCGCCAAGCAACUCGUGUCGGCAUCGUCGCACCUGCUCUUCCGCGCCACCGUGCUCGCCACGCUCACGCUCGUCGUCCUCUUCGCCAUGCACUACCCGUCCUUGCUCUCCCACUCCUUCAGCCCCUCCACGUUGCCCGCGUCCGGCUCCGGCUCCUCCUCCUCUUCCUCCUCGCCGUAG